GACAAGUCCCCAUGAGAUGUAAUGGCAAAAGAGAAUUGAUAGGCACACAGUUUCUUCUUGUUAUCAUGCUAUAUAAAAAACAUGUCUCAGUUGUGGUGGUUUGGUUUGGUUUUUGUUGUUUUCCAUUGUAGGAAUGCUAUUGAUUCCUCUUUAUUCAAGCAAUGGUUGCAUAACUUGCAAAGUGAGAUUGGGAUUCUAGCUGAUGGCACCUUGGCUCUGAGACAAGUUCUAAUUCAGGUUUCAGGUAUUGUAUUUGCAAGAGGACCUGCUGUGACUGUGUUGAUACUUCUGGAAUCAGAUGGUGAAACUUAUGCUGUCCUUACUGAACAGGUUCUUAGAUGCAAGGGUUCCUACUGGAAGAAUUAUUUUGGAAUUGCCUACUGGAAUGUUGGAUGAUGACAAGGGUGAUUUCGUUGGCACUGCAGUUCGUUGAAGAGGAGACUGGCAUAAAGUUCAAACUUGAAGACAUGGUUGAUCUCACU